AUGAGCCGCCCCUUGUUCUGGAUAGGCGAGACGUGGGAGGCGUUUGAUCGCUACACAAACCUGCUGAUCGGCUUUCCCGAGCGCCAUACGCUUCGGGUCCCGGCACCUGGCGAUGCGGUGCGAAACUACACGGCGCUGGAUGCCGACCUAGUGGGGUGGCAUGCAGAUCUGGGGUUGUUGUAUGAGCAGGCGGCGUCGAUGGCGAUAGUGGGCCAGGUCUCCUCAUCCGACCUAGGGGUAGAGUUCCACUUUACCAAGCAAGUCGGGGCGGAGAAGAGAGCCCUGAAGCAGGCCUUUUAUGCGCCCCGUGACCUCACCCUGCUGGGCUAUCUGGCGGCAUCUGUGCUGGCCUACACAUCGCGCAAUGUGCCACUUGCGGUUCUUGUUCUAAUGCUGAAUGUGGUCAACUUGGGCAUCUGCGUGCGGCUGAAAGGCAAGCGAGGGUAUCGGGACCAGCCGCACACCGACUGCUCAACAUGCUCCCCGGGUUCCAUCCACACACUCUUGCGCCUGCGCCUGCCCGAUCGUGCAGCCCUCACAGACGCGCUGUCAAAGUCGGUCGAGCAGCUUGAAGGCGUGCAGCAGGAGUUCCUGGCGCUCCCGCUGGAGGGCGGCCUGCGGGAGCUGCAGCAGCAAGCGCUGUGCCUGCAGAAGCUGCGGGCGAUGGCGGAUGUCUGGAACGGCAUGCAGUUUGGUUACAGCAUCACCGUUCCCCUGAUUGGUUCGUUGUCGGCUACUGUCACGCUGAUGGCAUCACUUGCGGCAGCGACCACCAUGCGUUGCAGCCACGCGUUGAAGGGCGGCGGAGGACGGUGGGGCAACGAGAACCGGCUGACGCCUGGCAGGGAGAAGCCUGAGAGCCAGUGGCUGCCGGGCGACGAGCACAACUACCUGCAGAGCAUCGACGAGGAGGAAGAUGCAAAGGCGUCACCGACAGAGUGGCAGAGAGCGGUAGGGGACGCUCUGGGCCAGCUUCAGUACAGAUACUUCAACUGGCGGCAGGACACGUGGUCCGACCUGCAGCUGUUCAUGGUGCUCAACACGCUGGUGUUCCUGGCGGGAGCAUGGGUGGAGGGCACCAUCAUCCGCAACAUGGAUGAUUCUAUGGAGCCGCCUCCAGAGGGGGCGGGGCCGCUGGUCACUGCCUGGUACAACCUGUACAAAGUGCUGGCAGUAGUUCUGGGCCAGGACCUGCCGACGGGGUAUGCAGGCUGGCCCAGCCAGCUGUUUGCCAUCAUCACCGCCGUGUUUGGGCUGGCAUCCUUUGCCCUGGUGCUGGCCCUGAUUGAGCAGGUGGUGCUGGAGGUGUUGGAGAACAAUGUGAAGCGCGGCAGCAUGUGCUACGAGAGGGGGCACACUGUGGUGCUGGCGUGGUGCGAGUCAUCCCGCGACAUUGCGCAGCUGACCCGCAUCCUCACGCAGCUGUGCGCCGCCAACCGCAUGGCAGGGGGAGGCGUGGUGGUGGUGCUGACGCAGCAGCGCGGCAAGCUGGAGAUGGAGCAGCUGUUUCGGGAAGUGGUGCCAGAGGAACAUCGCUUUGGCACGCGGUUUGUGUUCCGCCAGGGCAGCCCCCUGGACCCUGCAUCGCUGCGCAUGGUGGCGGCCUCCGACGCCCGCUCCAUCAUCGUCAAGCGGUCCAAGGCUGCCGAUGCCCAGGUGCUGCGGACCUGCGUACUGCUGGACGAGCUUCUCCAGCAGCUGCACCCCACCGGUGGCGGCGGCCCCAUUGUGAUCAAGACGGAGGAUGCCCUGCCGCUUGUGCGCUACUCAUAUGUGCGGCUGCUGCACCAUCCCAUCGCAGCAGUGUUUUCCCGCUGCCUCACCGACUUCUUCUCCCCUGCCCACGGCUCCAUCGACAACUGCCCGGAGGUGGAGGGGCUCACCUUUGGGGAGCUGCACUUCCGGUUCCCAGAUGCGCUGGUCGUGGGCCUGGCCAACCAGGAAACCAGCGCCUACCAGCUCAACCCGCCGCCAGGCACGCGGGUGCAGCCCGGCGAUGACAUCAUCACGAUGCGCCCGGAGAGGUGGGCGCCCGGAGCGUACCAUGCCUUGCCCGAGGCCACACCGGUGGACCCUGGUCCCGCCUGGGACCCCUGCCGGUACAUCAUGCGCAGCCGGGACGAGCAGCCCAUGGGCCUCAACGUGUGCGGCCACGAAUCCUGCCUGGCCAUGAGCGCGCGAGCCCAGGGCACGAUGGCCGCGCCGCCCCUCCGCCGCGACCGGCCCGCCAGCCUGACGAGCAUGAGCUCGAGCGCCUGGCCCUCCCCUGCGGCCUCCUGGCCCAGGCCUCAGGGCUCCAUAGAGCCGUACCAGAGCAGCGUGCAGGGGCUGUACGUGUUGCCUGUCCAGUACUCCAACACCGUGCUGGCCGCCGACGAGCUGCUCAUCUGCGGGUGGAUGGGCGACACCUUCAUGUGGGAGCUGCUGGCGGAGCUAGACCACUCAGACCAGGGCCUGCCCGCAGGCAGCCGCGUCACGCUGUUCAACGAGCACAAAUGGACCGCCGAGUACCUGAAGGGAAGGUGCGAGCAGUACCAGGUCAAGAGCUUGGAGGUGGUGCAUGUGUGUGGCGACCCACGCAGCCGCAGCGACAUGAAGCGCCUGAUCGAUGUGGGAAGGUUCCAGGCCGCCAUCGUGGUGUGCGACUCGUACUGGGGCGCACUUGACACACCAGACCCUGACAGGGGCCUGUAA